CUUCAGCCCAAGGCGGAGUAAUCCGGACCUCUACAGGACGCGGAUGCGAAACUUGAUGACGUGGUGCCGGGACGACGAUGGCCGACCAAAGCAGGCAAAUUAAACUCGCCGCAGCAAAGAAAAAGCUGAAAGAGUUUCAGCAGAAGAGUACACAAUCGCCAGUCAACACUGGACCAAAGAAGAAGAGGAAGGUGAAGGGAGGGGGUCAGGCAGAUACCCUGUCCUCCGACAGACACUCGCCGGAUCACAUUGAGAAUAUUCUCAAAGUUAUGGUGUCUGAUCUUAGUCUGACUAAUGGAGUAACUCUUCCUCAUUUGGUCAACAGCCAGGACCAUGGUGAAUUAGGAGAACAAGAGUCUGCGAUUUCUUCGAUGCAGAAGGAAACAGGAGAACCUGGUCGCUGCUCUCCUGUUUCUAACCUCCCCGCUGCUACUAACUCGGAGUGUCUCACUGACAGCGCUGACCUGCAGCAGACCUGCGAUCUGGAUGCCAACGGUGAUGAACACACCAUGGAGGAAAACAGGCCGCUGUCAUCCACUGAGAGCCUGAGGCAGCUCUCUCAGCAGCUCAACGGUCUUCUCGCAGAGUCACCAUCAUCAUAUAUCAAUGGCGAGACCGGAGCGUCACCUCUCAGUGAGAAAGAACUUGAGACUCGAAACCAGGAGCUGGCAGCCGCUCUGGACUCCAGCAAUCUAAAAAACUCCCAGCUCACUGCAAAGAUAGAGACACUGACGAAGCAGUCUCAGGAGCUGUCUGAGCUGAUGCAGAAGGAGCGGAAGAAUUUCGAGCAGAAGUUUGCCAAGGAACAUGGGGCUAUGCGUGAACAGCUGCAGGUUCAUAUCCAGACCAUCGGCAUCCUGGUGUCUGAGAAAUCUGAACUGCAGACCGCCUUGUCAUUUACACAGCAUGCGGCACGUCAGAAGACAGGAGAGGCAGAAGAGCUGAAUAAUCGUCUGCAAGCCAGCAAGCAGAGGGUGUCUGAGCUGGAGCGGACUUUAUCCACAGUGUCUACACAGCAGAAACAGUUUGAGAAGCAUAAUAAAGAGCUGGAGAAGGACAGGGACAGUCUGCGCCUGGAAAUCUUUAGAUUAAAUAAUGUGAAUGAAGAGAUGAAGCAGCAGAGCUCCGAGCUGGCUGAACAGCUGAAGUUAAAAGUGAGCGAGAACAGCGCUCUGGGUCUGGACCUGGACGAACUGCGCAAGCGCCUGGAAAUGGCUGAUGUUAUGCUUCAGCAGUUUUCUAGUCAGUCAGGAGCUCCAUCUGAGCCCCAACAGGUGCAGCUGCUUCUGGAGGAGAAGCAUCAGCUUGAGAUUCACACAGCCCAGCUCCUGGAGUCAGUUGCACAGCUACAGAGAGAGCGAGACCAGUACGCAGAACAGAUUCAGGAAGAAGGCAGAGUCUGGAAAGACAAAACUGAGCAGCUUCUCACUCAGGUGACUCUGAUGUCAGAGGAGAGGGACAGGAGCACUGCUCAGAUCCAGGAGCUACAGGAGCAGAUUUCAGAGCUGAAAAAUGCAGCAGCUUCACUGUCUCAGGAGCAGGAGAGCAAGGCAACAUCACAGACCUCAGGGCCAUCAGAGAAAGAGCUGGCUCUGGAGGAGAGCAUCUAUGAACUGCAGCAGGAGAGAGAUGCGCUCAAUCUACAAUACCAAGCACAGGUUCGGGAUAAUGAGCAGCUGAGCCGGUUGGUGCAGGAGCAGGAGACAAGACUGGAGGAGUUGGAGAUGCGGGCACAAGGUGCAGCAGAGGAGGCUCAAGACAAACUGCGCAUCCUGGAGGACGUUCAGAGCGACAAAGCCACCAUCAGCCGAGCCCUCGCUCAAAACCGGGAGCUCAAAGAUCAGCUGGCAGAGCUGCAGAACGGUUUUGUCAAGCUGACCAAUGAGAAUAUGGAGCUGACCAGUGCUCUUCAAUCAGAGCAGCAUGUGAAAAAGGAGAUUGCUCGCAAGAUGGGCCAGCUUCAGGAGGACCUCCAUAAUGCCAAGAAUCAGAUGAUGGAGCGGAUACAGGACUCUACGUCCCUCCAGGAACAGAGGGAUCAGUUCCUGGCCCUUCUGCAGCAGUACUCAGCUGGCUACCAGCAGUUGGUCUCUGAACGGGAGCAGCUUCAUAAGCAGUUCCUGCACCAGACACAGCUGAUGGACCGACUGCAGCACGAUGAAGUGCAGGGAAAAGUGCAGCUGGAGCAGAGCCAGUUACAGCUGCAGGAGGCCCAGGAAAGACUUUAUCAGCUGGCCAAGGAUAAUGAGCAGCUUAAAACAGAAGUUCAGGAGUUACUGAACAACUCUUCUUUAAACACAUCCCUCAGGGACCAGGGCGAUGGAGUGGAAAGCUAUUCCCUACCAGAAACCUUCCAGAAAUCUUCCAUAGCCAUCCCAGAGGACUUUGAGAGCAGAGAGGAAAUGGAGGAGUUUCUGCACUCCGCUUUGUCGCGUCUGGAGGAAGAGCGAGACGAAGUUGUGCGCAGGUUAGAAGAAGAGAGGAGGCUGCACCAAGCUGCACUUAUGCAAGUAGCCACUAGUCAUGAACAUCACCACCACGACGCAUGUUCUGAAACUGGGAGUACAGAAAGCGUUCCUUUGGCGGUGCACGAGGGACUUCGGAGCGCCAUGGAAAAGCUCCAGGAUAGAUUCACUAGCUUGAUGCAGGAGAAGGCGGACUUGAAGGAACGAGUGGAGGAGCUGGAGCAUCGCUGCAUUCAGUUGUCUGGAGAAACCGAUACAAUCGGUGAAUACAUUGCUCUGUAUCAAAACCAGAGAGCAAUCAUGAAGCAGAAACACCAUGAGAAGGAGGAGUUCAUAAGCCGGCUUGCUAGAGACAAAGAGGAGAUGAAGACAAAGUUGUCGGAGCUGCAGGAUCUGGUGAUGCGUUUGGUCGGGGAGAGAAACGAGUGGUACACACGCUACAUGAGUUCAAUCAAUAAUCCCGACUUCAUGCCUGCUGGAGAGGACGUUAUUUCACCUACAGGGACACAUCUGGAGCUGGAUGCUGUGGAUGGCCCGGAAUCGAUGGACAUGAGCACAACUGUCGAUUUGCCUCCAAACGAGGAGACGAAGCGAGACGAAGGUCCACAGGACAGACUCGACCCCCCUGCCGGAUCUUCACUCAGACCCAGAGAGGAUGGCACGGCUCGGCAGAUCAUGCAGCUCCUCCAGGAGAUGCAGAGUCCUGAAACCCAGCCUCCUUUGUUCUUCGGAGAGAACCCUUGCAUCCCGUUCUUCUACAAGCCCGACGAGAACGAUGAAGUCAAGAUCAUGGUGGUCUGAAAAGCCUCUCCUCUCCUCACGUCUAGCUCUUGCUGGAAUGAAGACCUCCCACUUUUUCAGCUGUCUUUCACCUUUUUUUUUUUUUUUUUUUUUUGCGCACAAACAAAAGCCAACGUAAUGAAACGCAUGAUGUAACUGGAGUUUUGCUUUGAGUGUGUGGCAUUCAGUGUUUUUCAUUUACUCAUGUCUGAGGUUCUGGUGGUGGGUGUGAAGGCUUCUUUACCUCGAGCCCUGUUUUUGUUCGUCGUUACGAGGGUUUGUUCGUUAUGAUCCAAAACGCAUUUUUAUACAAGCAUAUAUCUAACCUGAUGUACUGCCUUUGACCUGCUGUGUGCUUUUCAUGGGUUCCUGUCUUGUUUUUUUUUUUUAAUCCUUUGAACAUUAGGUGCAAUAGAACGACGUCUCUACUGUUUUCCGAUUUCAUGGAAAUUAAAAUCUUAAGGAGGGAAAUGUAAAAUGAUCAUGUUUCAUUGAGUGUCUAGUACACAAAAUUAACGUGACAGUAUGUGUGUUCCAUAAUUCUCACACCCUGCUUUAUUUGUGGUUAAAUUCGCCCCUGAGCAACUGACUAUGCACUUUGUUUUGGCUCAUCUGGUGAAUUAAUAUGGAUCUUGAUCUCCACUAGGGGGCGCAAGACUGAAACAUCUUACAUACCCAGACUUACAUCCAGCACUCCAUGUUUCUUCACCGACAUCCAAAUACAGGUACAAACGCAGUUCAAAUCAGGCGUCUCACGUGUACAUGCACGUAGUUCGAAGCAACCUAACGGAGGGAAGGUAUUAUGUAAAAUGUUGAAAGUUUGCUUAGUGUUAAGACCAGAAUGAUCUUUUCUUUCUUUUUUUUUUUUGGACAGUAUGCGAAAGAGUAUUGGAUUGAAAGUGUCCAGCAAGUUGUAUGCAAGUUCUAGACUGCACUGUACGAUAACGAGAAGAAUAUUAAUAAUCACGUUUAUCGAGCUCAAUAUUAAAAUUACAGCAAGGCUGGGGGUCAUAACACCAAUAUCAUAACAGCUUUAAAGCCCAGUCUUUGGAAAGGCAGAAGCUGAAAGAACAAAUUAUGGAUAAUUGCUCACGCAGGUUAUUGAAAAGCGUUUGUUUCUCUCUUGCACCUGAAGAACCUACAUGGAUGUAUAUAAUCGUUACUGGAGUGUGUUUAGAUUUCAAAACACACACAAGGAAAGUGUGUAGAAUUGCUCUAGAUGUAGAGAAAUAUAUAUAUAUAUAUAUAUAUAUUAUACAUAGGUAAGAAUGGCGUGUUUGUGAUGAGCGGAGGGUGAACUCUAUGAUUCCGACUGCAUUUUAAUUGGCUGAGAGUUUCAAGGCUUCCAAGGAAGACGAAGUGUUCAAGGUUGUAAAAGUUGUGUAUAUAUAAAUAUACUUUUAUUAGAAGCCUUUGUUACGUUUGUAUUCGUCUGCCGAGAUUUACAGACCGUCGAGAUUCGGUUUGAGAUGAGCGACGUCCGUUACCCUGAUGCGUGAAAAAGUCACGAGCUGUAAUCAUUCCAUUCAUUAGAACUGGAAGCGUGUCGAACGUAUUCGCGAUCGACUCGUUAUUAUACACCCAAGCACUUUUAUCUUCUUCACCCCUGGUGUGUUUGUGUAUUUGGUCAGAAGUGAAUAAAUGAAAUGGACGAGUUUUUUGGGGUUUUGCCAUUUCUUUCUUUCUUUAUUCUUUUUUCCCCCCUUUACUUUCUUUUUAUUGUUCUCAGAAGUGCGCUUGUCUUCCCGCGCUUGUUAACUCUGCUUCUGACUUUCACAUUUCUUUUUCUGAUGGAGAAGUGAGUGGGGUAUUGCGCUUGUAACACACGUGUAAAUAGUGUAACUGUGUAACAUACUGUAUAUUUAAACUGUUGUGUGGGAAAUGGAUAUGAAUUUCGAAUUGCUACUACUAGUACUUGCGUACUGCAGAAAAAAAGAUGAAUGAAGAAAAGUGGAUGUGAGGUGUCUGUGUUUUAAUGAUUUAAAGCUAAAUGAUAUUUAUUUGGAAUAUGUGCUUACACUAAACUUUUAAUUCAGCACACUGUUGGAACAUAAUGAAGGAGUAAUACAAAAAUCAGUUGAUUUUUUUUUUUUCUUCCUAUAAUUUUCUUUUGUUCCUCCUAAAUAAACCUGGGCAAAGUCA